UCAUAGGUUAAUUUUGCAAUUGAAAAAAAACUUCAAUAUUUCAUUAUAUAUAGAUUACUUAUAAUUCAGUCGUCCGUCCGACGACUUACAAUUCAGUCGUCCGUCCGACGACUUACAUGUAAGUCGUCCAGGAUUUAAGAGUUUUGACCAGAAUCUCGGAAUAAAAUUCUAGACGACUUACAUAUAAGUCGUCGGGCGGACGACUGAAUUGUAAAUUGUCUGGGUAUAAUUAUGUAUUGAAGUUUUUUUUUUCAAUGGCAAUACUAACCUACGACAACUUACAUGUAAGUCGUCAGGUUUUUAUAAAAUAUUAAUAUUUCAAUUUUCAACCAGACGACUGAAAAAUAAGUCGUCCAGGAAAGUCAAAAUUCCAACAAAAUUUAGUCUAAUGCAAAACUAACCUAUGACGACUUACAUGUAAGUCGUCUAGGUUCUUUAGAGAUUUUUUUGUAACCAAACAAAAGCAGACGACUUAACUUUCGGUCGUCUCAGAAAACAUAUUUCAAAGUCAAUUGCAAAAAUAACCUCUGCAUUAACCAGACGACUUCUAGGUAAGUCGUCUGGAUGAACAGAUCUGGAAAAAAACUCGAUUUCAUACCUUAAAUUGGUGAGAUAACUUCCUUAGCACAGAUAAGGCUUCUCCAAGCACACAGAAUCUCAAACGAAAGUGACCCACCCAGAAUCGUAACCAUAAAAAAUGUAGAAUCAAAAUCUUGGUUUUUUUAGCUGAAUGUGGAGAGCAAGUGAGAGAGAUGUUGUGUUUAGUUUAUAAGAAUGGAGAAAGAAGAAGGCUAAAUCGAUUUUGGGAGCAUUAAGAGCUUUAAAUUAGUUGUUCAUGGUGGUUGGGGUAUUGAUGAUAAUGGCAAUCUUGUAAUUACUUGAAGAUGAUGAGGGUGAGAGAGUAAAAAUAUCAUUUUCGAAAGAAAAAAAAUUUUGAUGGCAUUUUCGUGAAUUAUAUGAACUUGUGGGGUGAAUAUGACAAAACUAAUUUCCAAAAAAAGGGAGGUUAGUAUUGUGUUUGACUUUGAGUUCUAUUUUCAUUUUGCAAAAAGCCCAAGCAAUUAUAAUAAAAUUAAUUAAACUAUAUAAAAAGGAGUAAUAUGAUCAAGACAUAUUUAUAGCUUUUAAUUAUUUUAUACCUAUUAUUUUCUCUAUCAAAAUUAUCUAGAAACGUCAUAAUUUCAUAAAUUGCAAAAAAAAAUGAGCUUUAAAAUUUGGAUUAAAAUAUGAAAAUUAAACUAAAACAAUUUAAAUCAAAUUGGAUUACAUAUCGGUCAUCCAUCGGUUCAAUCGGUUAGUCUCGGGUUUUAGCGAUUUUUUUAAUAUGGAUAUUUAAAAACCUUAUAUUGAAUAAUUAGAUCACCAAAUUAACCGAUUUGACCGUGGAUUCGGAUCAAAUUUAAAAGGACUGAUUUAAAUGCAAAGUAAAAAAUAAAUACACAAAAUUCUUAUAAAUUAACAAAAUAUUUGUUAAGUUAUAAGUUGAAUUUUUUAUCAUAAAAUACUCUGUUUUUGUAAAACGCAGAUCAACAUCUAGUAUAUUGUUAGAGUUUAAUGUUCACUAUUUAUGAAUAGGUCAUCAAGCUGAUACCCGGAUUUGGAUGUGUGCCGACUGUGCAUUUGGGCAUGACCCUACUCUCGUUUUGUAGUAAAUUUUUUGAAAAUGUUAGGGGUUCUCAAGUUUUGAUUUUUUUUAAUAAGAAUUGGUCUUAAAAUUUUGAAUUGUAUUAAAAGAGUCCUAAAAUUUUGAUUGUCCACAGAGCCCAAAUAUACUUUACACUGGCAUGAGGUCAACACGUAUUCCAGUUUUGCACAAGCAUGCUGUCAGCAAAUCAUAGGCGUAAAAAAAUUAACCUCUUCUGACUCUGAACAAAUCUUACAAAAAUAGAGAUAAAAACUAAAAAAAAUAAAAAUUGAACGACAAUAUUACAAGUCUUUUCCCAAAACCCAAAUUCAAAGAUUCAAAUUAAAGCACUUUUGUUCCAAAUUGUACGUUUUUUGGCUAGUUUCUUGGCUUAUAUUCAUGAAUACAACCAUUUUCGAUGGUGAUUGCACAUCGUCAUUCUUUAACAUCUCAUCUGAUGGAUUGUGGGAGAAUCUAAAGUCACCCGAUAUGAUUUUUGGGUAUUCGCUACCUCUUGUAGAGAUCCAGAUAUUACUCAUUUUCAUCGUCAUGACUCAUAUGUUCCUUAGACAUAUUGGCAUUUCCCAGAUCGCUUCUUAUAUGAUCGUAAGUGUAUUCCCAUUUGUAACUUGAUAAGCACGUAAGCGAAAACAAAACUAGAUAGAUGUAGCUUGAAAAUGCAAGUAAAUUGUUUAAACAUUACCAUGCGUGCUACCUAAUAUUUUUUUUAUUGCUAUAAUUUCACGUACAUAUAAAUUUACUUGUAGGCUGGACUGAUGCUAGGGCCCCAGCUUUUUGAUGUAUUAGAGAAAUCUUCGGGAAAAGUAUCUGAAGAUCCCGCGUUAGAUGGAAACGCGACCUUAAGAAGCAUCUCAGUGUUUGGAACCAUAAUGUUUACAUUUUUGAUGACUCUUAGAACCAGCCGGAGAGUGGCGUUCAUUAGCGGAAAGCUGCCCGUUGUGAUAGGGAUUUUGUCCUUCUUUGCUCCUCUGUUCGGUCUCGGUUUCCAGAACCUCUUUUCCGACAGCAUUGACCCUAAUUACAUGCCUCUGAAAACAGGACUAGGCGAGCGCACAGCAAUCGUCAUAACACAGUCUUCAAUACUUUUGCCUUCCACAACAUACAUCUUGCUAGAGCUCAAGAUCCUCAACUCUGAGAUCGGUCGCCUUGCAUUGUCUGCAUGUGUCAUCAACGACAUCUUUGGGAUAAUUUCCAUGGUACUCGCUUCUAUUCAGGCAACGUACAAGAAUGUUUCACAUGUAACAGCCUAUCGGGAUGCUGUCGCAGUGGUCAUCUUCGUUCUCAUCGUCUUUCUUGUUUUUAAGCCCAUCGUGCAAUGGAUCAUAAAUCGCACACCGGAUGGUAAACCCGUGAAGAAUAUGUAUGUUAACGCUGUGAUUCUGACCGCAUUGGCUUCCUCUGUUUAUUCUAUGAUAUUUAACAUGAAAUAUGUCCUGGGACCAUUAGUAGUCGGUCUUGUCAUACCCGAGGGUCCACCUUUAGGAUCGGCAUUGGAGUCUAAAUACGAGAAGCUCACAAUGAACGUCUUCUUACCAAUCUCGAUCACAGUCAGCGUGAUGAGAAGUGAUGCAACUAGGAUGUUAACGGAGUUCAGUCACAUCCUCGUUAACAUCUUCCUAACGGCUUUAACACUUGUCCUAAAAUUUGUCGCAUGCCUUGCACCUUGCUUGUACUAUAAGCUACCUCUCAACGAAUCCCUUGCUGUUUCCAUCAUCUUGAGCUACAAAAGUUUCGCUGAUUUCGUUCUCUAUGAGUCCGUAUUAGACGCAGCAGUAAUUUUCUACUCUUGAAACAAUAUAAUAUUAUCAUUAUCGAUUUUUUUUUUAUUUGGGUGGUGGUGACAUAUUUAAUAUGUUUUGUUUUUGCAGUAUAUAUCACAGGCAACGUACGCGUUCUUGAUCAUUUAUUCGCUGCUAAAUGCUGGGAUUGUUCCAGUAGUGUUAAGGAGAUUGUACGAUCCGAAAAGGAAGUACGUUAAUUACCAAAAACGGAACAUAUUGCAUUUGGAACCAAAUUCCGAUCUUCAGAUUAUAACUUGUUUGCACCGACCUGAGAACGUCUCUGCGACCAUUGCAUUCCUACAGUUGUUGUCCUCACCAAACCUAGAUUUCCCUAUAGCGGUCACGGUUCUUUAUCUGGUGAAGCUCGUAGGCCAGAUCAAUCCUGUUCUGAUCUCCGACAAUAAGAAGUCGAAACGACUUCAUACCGACUCUUACAUCCAUACCGCAAACCUUGCAUUCAGGAAGUUCAUGCUAGAAGGCUUGAAGUCCGUAACAGUGACAACGUACACCGCAUUCUCGCAUGAGAAGAUGAUGCACGAAGAUAUUUGCACGCUUGCACUUGACCAGACAUCGUCAAUGAUUAUUGUCCCUUCAGGGAGGAGAUGGACCGUAGAUGGAAUGUUCGAAUCAGACGACGACGCCAUAAGGCGACUAAACCAAGCGUUGCUACAGAGUGCGCCUUGUUCUAUUGGAAUACUAAUUGACCGUGGACAUUUCUCACGCAAAGGCAAUGAUGUAUCGAGCAAGAAAAAUUACAAUAUCGAUGUCGGUGUUAUUUUUAUCGGCGGCAAAGAUGAUAGAGAGGCAUUAUCAUUGGUGAAGAGAAUGAAACAUAACCCAAGGGUUCGUGUAACCGUGAUCCGACUCUUGUUCAAACAAGAAAUUGUAACGACCCGGUUUCCUUAACCAGUUGGUUUGUUUUUUUUUCUUUCCCUUUAAUUAAUUUGGAUUGAACCAAAGUAUCUAUCCAUCUAAACCAUUCGUAAACCAAUCCUAUGUAUAAAUAGCUAUUUACCUAAUUUUAUUAUCAUAAGUUUUUCUCCUUCUAUGAGGAGCCGUCAUUGUGCGUUUGAGUGCACCACCGUCAUGUCGAUUCCAUCUCCUUCAUUCUCCACUGUUAUUCUUCUUCUUAUUAUAUAUUAUUAAUUCUCAUUUCCUCUUCCCCCUCUUAUUCUUCUUGUGGUCUCGUACGUUUGAUGUCGGAGAAGACGUUACGCAUCCACAACCGUGAGCCAUCUCACCUCAUUUCACCAGAGCUAUUGUUCAUCACCAGAAGGGUACAGCUACUGUCAUGGAGCAUCCUCUUGUUGGCGUUGUGUUAUGGAGCCAAGAGGAGGAAGAGAUGACGUACGGAUCGGAGUUGUCGCGUCUCAUCACCAUCGAUCGUUGAUCUCCACCACCACCAGCCGUGAACUAGUGGAGGAGUAGGCCAUGUCACGGGAGAGCUGCAGUGUGUCACCGGAGUUGUAGUUUACAUCGUCGGAGUCCGAGAUCCAUAACUGUAAGCCAAGCCUUAAGAGCUAAGCUCUUCUUUCACAUAUUGUUCUUGGGCCAUAAGUAACGUUUGCAUAAACCCUAAGAUUUAUUAUAUUUAAUAAUGUAUUAUGUUUUGUCUUCGAACUUUCCGGCUUGGUGUGAUGUUGGCGAGAGUCAAGAUCCAUGGUGAAACCUUAGCUUUCAUGGGAAUCAAGUCAUCUCGUUUGUUUUCCGUUUCUGGUUUUUGAUAUGGCUAAGACGUUACGCAUCCACAACCGUGAGCCAUCUCACCUCAUUUCACCAGAGCUAUUGUUCAUCACCAGAAGGGUACAGCUACUGUCAUGGAGCAUCCUCUUGUUGGCGUUGUGUUAUGGAGCCAAGAGGAGGAAGAGAUGACGUACGGAUCGGAGUUGUCGCGUCUCAUCACCAUCGAUCGUUGAUCUCCACCACCAUCAGCCGUGAACUAGUGGAGGAGUAGGCCAUGUCACGGGAGAGCUGCAGUGUGUCACCGGAGUUGUAGUUUACAUCGUCGGAGUCCGAGAUCCAUAACUGUAAGCCAAGCCUUAAGAGCUAAGCUCUUCUUUCACAUAUUGUUCUUGGGCCAUAAGUAACGUUUGCAUAAACCCUAAGAUUUAUUAUAUUUAAUAAUGUAUUAUGUUUUGUCUUCGAACUUUCCGGCUUGGUGUGAUGUUGGCGAGAGUCAAGAUCCAUGGUGAAACCUUAGCUUUCAUGGGAAUCAAGUCAUCUCGUUUGUUUUCCGUUUCUGGUUUUUGAUAUUGGCUAAGGUGAGGGUCUAUUCCGUAAAUCCUGUACCAGUGUAGAAUUCUCUCUAUCGUAGUUUAGAUUUCGAAUCAUGAUCCGUCUGUUUGAAUUGAGUCUUGAUUGUUAGCUAAUUCAUUUAUUGUAAACUGGAACUAGGGGUCUAGAGGAUUCAACCUUUGAUUGGAUUGUGUGAUGUUAAGAGAUGCGAUAUAUAUAUAUAUGUAUACAUAGUUAAUAGUAGGGACUAUGUGCGCGGGCGGGGGCUCAGAGAUGUCUGGGCUAGCGACGCUACUUUGGUUGUGCGGGCAGGGGUUCAGAGACGUCUGGACUUGCGAUGCUACUUGUGCGGGCGUGUGGUGCAGAGACGUUUGUAUCAUGGACGCUACUUGAGAGGGCGGGGGUACAGAGACAUACUGUACUAGCGACGCUACGUAUUAUAUAUCCAUAUGAGGAGAUGCGGGGUGUAAGGACUAGCUUUAUGCUAUCAUCGCAUUGUUUGGUUUGUGUGACGCGCUAGGCGUCGUGUGUGUUCAUGUUAGAGCUAAACUUCCAUAGUGGGAGUUCUAUUUACUCAAGUCAGUGGUUUGCGUGUUUAGCAUCCCAAUACCUCACGGAGUAACUCCCCUGUUGCUCACCCCUCUUCUUCCCCUUGCAGGUGAGCUUGUUGAGUGUUGGAUAUCUGGACGGAUUGGUGUCUUGGGAUCGUUGUAUUUUAUUUCGGUUUUAAUUAACUUUUCAAUUUAAUGUAUUUGGUUUUUAAAUUAUAAACCAGUUUUAUUUGGAAAUUAUUUUAUUUAAAGGUUUACAUUUUAUUCAGUUUUAUAAAUCAAUUUAAUUUGGUAUAUUCUGGUUAGUAGCACGCCGUUCUCGAGAGAGGAGGAGACGGGUGUUACAGAAAUAGAGCCAGAAAACUGGGAGUACAUUCUGGACAACGAAGGCUUAAAGGAUUUUAAGAUUGCAGACGAAAUGAAAAAUGUUGAUUACACGGAGAGGACUAUGACCAGUGGAGCUGAGGUUGCCAGCAUCGUCCAAUUCCUGGCCCACGAGUAUGAUCUUAUCGUGGUUGGAAGAGAUCAGGGCAUUGCAUCACCAAACUUCUUAGGACUAACAGAAUGGGUCGAACUUCCAGAGUUAGGUGUCAUUGGAGAUUUUUUAGCCGCUAAAGAGCUUAGCUCUAAGGUUUCUGUUUUGGUAGUUCAACAACAGCAACAGACGUGAGAUAUUCAUGUAUCUCCUUUUAUCGCAAAGACUGUAUAUUCUUUUAGGACAGCUUUCAAAAUAUGGAACGUAUAAACAGAUCAUUCGUUUGUUUUAAAUAUUUUAUUAGGUGUUUUUUCUGUACAUACGAACAUACUCUUCGUAUAUGUCUUAUUAACUCAAAAGCCAACAUAAUAUAUGUUUUCAAAUAGUUUAAACUGAACAUCAAAUUAUUAUAUAUGACAAAAGUUUUUCAUCAAAAUAUAUGUGCUUAUUAUUGCAUUGAAAUUUUAGGAACACUCACAUAUUAGAAAUGUUUUCAAAAAUAUCUUUAUAUAAAUAUUUGUGCUUGAUUAAUAUUUAACAAUAAAUGCAUUAAUAAUUCAAAAAGAUCAUGAUACAUUAUUGUUUAUGUUCUCAAAAUUUUUUAAUACUUUUUAUCACGUUAAAUGUUUCGCAAACUCUCACGUAUUAUAAACUAGUGGUAUAUCCAUGCUGUGUUGCUAUUUAUGCUAUUGCCAUAUGCAUUUGCUUAAGACUGCUUGGUUUAUUUGGAACGUUUGUGAUGUAUUUGUUUUGUUGCCUUGGCGACUGUAGUUUGAUGUUAAAAUAUUGUUUCACGGUGGAAUAUAUUAAAUAACCUGAAAUCAUAAGAGUAACAAACCGAAAAUGUCAAAAUCCUAAUCAAAGUAUGUACCUUGCUCUUGAGAGCAUUAGUUGCAGUGCAUUUAAAAUUUGAAUCUAUUGGGAACACACGGUUUAGAAACAAAAAUAAUAGACAAUCUGGAAACUCUUUGAAUGUCUCUGCUUGCAUGUCUAACAUUAGAAUGUACAGAAAAAGCUUGAGAUUUAACUUGUUUUUCUAAGAAAAAACCAAUUGGAAUGUCACAGUUUAAGAAAAAUCGAUUCAAAUGUAACAAUUUACCUUGUUGGUAUAUGAUGUUUUUGACAUCAUAGGAAAUACGUUUUCAAAGAUUUUUUCAAGUCUUUUAACGAGUCUGUUUAGUCACUUUAGAGUCAUUUCAGGUCUGGAGUAGGUUAAAGAAUCGGAGAAAGGUGCAUGAUGAAAAUAUGCCAUAUUUGAAGGAUUUUUUGUGGAACAGCCAUGCGGAGCAGUUUGACGAUUAUUCCCCUCAAGGAACAGUCCGAGUGAUUGUUCCCGACAUUUAAGGAAACAUCCAAGUAAUUUCGGGCGAUUGCCCUAGCCGUCCCACUUCUCCUCUAACCUAAUGACGCGUCCAUAUAAAAGUGCCUCUAUCAUUAUUUUAUUAUGUACGUUUUGCAAGAAACUUAGACUUGUUUUGGCGGGAAAUCGGCCAAUUCAUACGUUAACAGGGGCUAACGGUCCCUAUCAGUACAUAAACACAUUACAUGUGCGAAAACAUACAUCAACUAGUAUAAAAUUCAAUUUUCCAUGCAUGAACUUACAAAAUUGGGUUUUAACAUACAUUGACUUAAUUUCCGUUAGCCAAACGUUACGGACUAAGAGUUUUCGUUAACCGGUAAAAUAAAAUUGGCCAAUUCCUACAUCAACAGAGGUCAACGGUCCCGAUCAAUACACAAACACUUUACAUGUGCGAAAACAUACAUCAACUAGUACAAAAUUUAAAUUCAAUACAUGAACUUUCGAAAUUUAGUUUUAACAUACAUUGACCUAAUUUACGCUAAUCCAACAUUACCGAAGAUAAAUUGUAUGUCACGUGUUGAUUAAGUGAGGUUUUUAUUGUAUUAUGUGGUAAAUAAACUGUAUUACGUGAUAAUUGACUCAGAAAGAUAAAUCAUUUAUGCCAAAUGAUUUCGUUCUAAUUAAACUGUAUUACAUGGCAAUUUUCUGAGAAAAAUAAAUCAUUUAGACCAAACAAUUUUGUUUUCGUGUAACUCAUUAGUUAGUUUUAUUCUUUAACUUUUUGUUCUUCGACUUUUUCGGCAAAAAACCUAAUACAGAGAAAACAACAAAGAACAAAAUCGAAUAGAGAAAAACGAAAAUGUCUAGCUUAUCCAAUCCUAAUUUCUCUUUUGUUCGAUAAGUUAGACAUUCUCGUUUCUUUGUAUUCGAUUUUUUUCUAUGUUUUGUUUUUUUUCGUGUUAGGCUUUUUGCCGAAAAAGGCGGAAAACAAAAAGUUAAAGAGAAUCUAACUAAUGAUUUAUACGAGAACGAAAUUGUUUGGCCUAAAUGAUUUAUGUUUCUUAGUCAAUUACUACGUAACACAGUUUAAUUAGCACAUAAUAAAAUAAAAAUCUCACUUAAUCAACAUGUUACAGACAAUUUAUCUUUGGUAAUGUUUGGCUAGUGGAAAUUAUGUAAAUGUAUGUUAAAACCAUAUUUUAAAACUUCAUGUAUUGAAUUUAAAUUUUGUAUUAGAUGAUGUACGUUUUUGCACAUGUAAAUUGUUUACGUAUUGAUCGGGAACACUGACCAAUGUUAAUGUAGAAAUUGGCCAAUUUCAUGUUACCGGUUAACGAAAACUCUUAUUUCGUAACGUUUGACUAACGGAAAUCAGGUCAAUGUAUGUUAAAACUCAAUUUUGUAAGUUCAUUUAUGAAAAAUUGAAUUUUAUACUAGUUAAUGUAUGUUUUCGCACAGGUAACAUGUUUAUGUACUGAUCAAGACCGUUAGCCUCUGUUGACACAUGAAUUGGCCAAUUUCCCCUUGUUUUGGCUAUUGCAACUUGUAAGGGAGAUGACUUCAUCUCUCAUCUAGAGAAGAUCAUCAUGAACUCUCUCGUAUCUGUUUCGAUUUAUAUGCAGUAUUAUUCAAAAAUCAUGUCUUUGGUAUCUUGUGUGAUGUCUGAGUAGUCGGCUAGCUAUUAUAGGGUUCUAGGGUGUUAAUCGCAUGAGCUAAACAUAGAUAAGUAAUUCAUUAUGUUGUCUUCAAUCAGUUAAGUUAUUUCUGCUUGCAUUAAUCUGAUCAUUUAAUGUUUGAACCUAGGUCUAAUCAACUCGCUAACCGCGUAGAAGAUGACUCGACAUUGUAUGAAUGAGCUUAGCAACCCUAAUCAGUGAAAGUAGAUAUUAUGGUGUUUAGUGAACCUGUCGGAAUUGAUAUCUAAUGCUUGCCAUCGAUCUUGUUCCAAGCGAGAGCUUACGUAUCAGGAUUGAGUGGCAUAGGGGGCAGUUCCACAACAGUGGGCUGUUCUAUUUGAGUGAUCCGAGUUCUAGAUUGUGUUUAAUCAUGCUUGAAUAAUUGUUUGGCUUAGUAUUGACACCUGAUGAAAUAACCCUAGGCUGGUUUCUUGUCAAAUUUGCAUUCUUUAAUUAAUCUUGUUACUUGUUCUCACGAAAUCAUCAAUUCAAACCCUAAUCUUGUUUUAGCUUAGCGUUGAACCAAUAAAAUAAAGUGUAAACUGGUCCUAUGAAAUUGAAUCUAAACAUAUUACAACAACACUGUUAACUUGACAGUAGCAAGGUUCAUUUUUAUUGUAUCAAGUGUUGGCGCCUUUGCGACGGGGACCAGAUUUUUACCUCAAUUUUACGGGUUAUACAUUAAGUCUAAGCCCUCUAACUUGCUUAUUCAUUUUUGUUUCAGCUAAUGUUCCAGGUGCAUAACCAGUAGACAUACUCGGAGAAACGCACAAGGAGACCUAGUUACGCUUUCAAAUCAGGAACUUGCAAGAUUAGAACGAAUGAACAGACAACAACCAAGGCCAACUAACACCACAAUGGGUGAUCACGGCAACCAAGAUGACCUCGCUUCUGCAAUGGCACUCAUGCAGCAGAUGCAGCAAACUAUGCAAGCAUGCGAACAAGUUGGUCAGCAAGCAGCCGAACAGGGCGCACAGAAGCAAGGUGUUUCGAAAUAAGAGAGGAACCUUUCGUGUAACUUUCCUGCUACUCGUUCUGCCAUCAACCCUCCUCCAUGUUAGAGACAGGACUUUGAGAUCAAACCCGCUUUCAUCAACCUAGUGCAGAGGAAGAUGUUCAAUGGUCCCUCAGUAGAAAUACCGAUGGAUCACAUCGAGAACUUUGAGAAACUUUGCGGAUUUACUCGAGCGAAUGGUGUGUCACCGGACUACAUCAAGUGCACACUGUUCCCAUUCUCUCUUCACGGGAAACUGCAUGAUGGUUGGACUCUCUUCCAACUGCCUCUCUCACUACCUGGGAGCAAGUCCGAUAAGCGUUUCUGAGCAACUCCAAGUUCAAGCAGACCCAUGAUGAAUCCUUAUGUGAUUCAUGGGAGCGCUUCAACAACUAUCGCAGGGGAUGCCCCCACCAUGGGUUCGAGAAUGACUACCUCUUAGGAGUGUUCUACGAUGGAGUUGGUUUAGAAGCGCAGAACCAACUUGACUCCUCGAGUAAUGGAGAUUUCAUGACUCAAACAACUGAAAGAGCCUUUGCACUGAUCGAGAACAUGGCUUCCAGCUCGGCUAAUAAGAACCCAGAGACUGACCGCUUCAUGGCGUUGACACGGAAAAAAUAGACGAGCUCUCAGCUCAGAUGGAUCAGUUGAUUAUGAGCAAUCAAAAUCAGGUUUUCAUCAUGGACGAAUCGGCGCCAGAAUAGAAAGCCAAGGACAAUGCAUCAGAAUCAAACAAACUGACAGAGGAUCAGUAAGAAGUCAGCUACAUCAACGGACAAGGAUGGCAGUUUAACAACUACCAUCGGAACCCAAACAUGAGGAACAAUCCACAGUUGUUCAAUUACAAUAAUGGCGCGGAAAAUCCUGCUGACAAGGGACAGAACACAGGUUAUCAUAAGACUUACUCUCAGAAUUUUUCAGGACAAACCUUUGUUCUCAGCAAUACCGGAAACUAAUGCUGGAACCUAAAACCGUAGAACAACCACUCCAGUUGUUACCACUGCUCCACAUGAUGAAAUGAAAAGCCUAGCCAUGAUGAUGCAGAAGUUUCUGCAAGGUCAACAGAUUCAAGGCAAUCCACUGAAUCAAGUAACUACAUACAUCAACGCCAGAAUGAAUAACAUGUUCAACGACCUGAGCACCAAGUACGACAAUGUCGCCAGACACUUAUAUUGUUGGGGAAAAACACUCAGGUAUUGAAUUCCUCCAGACCCCAGGCAGGACACCAGCCUCUGGAUCUCCGCUGGAAGGAACCCCGGUUCCCAAGAUCCCUGGCAGAAGGAACCCCGGUUCCCAAGAUCCCUGGCAGAAGGAACCCCGAUUCCCCGCUAUGGAGUUCUUCCGGGUCUGGUCCAGAACCGCACCCUUCCUUCGGGAAAUGGAAAACUUCCGAUAAGGAGAACCUUCCAUAUGAAUAUGGAAGAGUUAAACCUACUCCGGCCGACUAAGGCCCGCCUUAGGAAGACUAUAUAAGGGGAACCCAAACCCUAAAGCAAGGGAUCGACACUGGAAGACUUAGAGAUUAGAGUUAGACGGCUAAAACUAGGGUUUAUACACCAAUUGUUGUAGUUCCAGCUCUUUGAUAUAAUAAAACAUCUCUUCAAGUCUAUUUCUCUCUAAAUCAAUACGAAUUCAGCACAAAUACCAUCCUUGUCCAUCGUUUUGUAGUACUGACAAAGAUCCUACACAAAAAUCCCCUAACAGUUUGGCGCUAGAAGUAGGGGAGUAAUCUAAACUCUGUGAUAAUGGCGGUGAAUAGGCAUGAUGAGCUACCCGAAGCUACCCAGAGAGAAGCCGAACUCCUGAGGCAAAUCGACGAUAUGCUAGAUCAAGUAACCAGGUUGCAUCGAACUCGAGAAGAGACCAAUCCCAAGCUUUCCCCGGAGUUCAACAAACACUCCAAGCAACUGAAGCAGAGCGUCGAACACUCCAAGCAACUGGAGCAGAGCGCCGAGAAGCUCAGCCAGCUCGAAGUGGAUAAUCUCACCCUCCGAGACGAAAACCAAGCCCUUAACGCGGCAAGCAACAAGAAGCGUCGAUUCCGGACUCGGGUUCGCCCUAUGCCGACUCUGAAACACCCAAUUCCGGGACAGGUGCGAUCUCCCAACUACGGCGCCGGGAGGAGUGUUGGGGUCAAAAUCGGUCACGACGGAAUCAAUGUCUAAAACUCCCCAAAAAUCAGCAUGGACAUUUUUACGAAAAGUAAUCUUCAUAAAGAAAUCUUUACGAAGAACUUUGCGGUGAAAUCUUGCACUAAUCUCAGUUGAUUCAUCAAAACUAAACACCCAUAGUCCAAGAACACGUUCAUAAAACUUCAGAAAAGGAUAAAAAAAGAUCGCCAUGUAGUGACCAGUCUGCGAACGAGCCGGUCGCUACGUAGCGACCGACUAAGCCAUUCGGUCGGUCGCUACGUAGCGACCGACCGGGGAACGAGUCGGUCGCUAUGUAGUGACCGACCAAGCCACUCGGUCGGUCGCUACAUAGUGACCGACCCGCGAACGAGUCGGUCGCUACGUUGUGACCGACUAAGCCAUUCGGUCGGUCGCUACGUAGUGACCGACCCACAAACGAGUCGGUCGCUACGUAGUGACCGACCCACAAACGAGUUGGUCCCUACAUAGUGACCGACCCGCGAAUGAGUCGAUCACUACAUAGUGACCAACCAAGCCAUUCGGUCGGUCGCUACGUAGUGAUCAUCGAUCGACACUUUCUAAUUGGUCGACAUACGAUAGUUGAGAUCAUUAGAUCUAGUUUAUAGACAAGUCUAAACAUGCAAAAGCUGAUAGACUUGUUGAGUAAGUAGUUGAGCUUUACAUUAUCAUGCAUGCAACUCAUUAGGCAUCUGUAGGAUUAUAAUCCCAAGUUUCUUGAAUAAAAACUCUAAGUCUAACUAUUUCCUUUUUAAGCACCAAAACCUCAACCAAUCAAUUGAACAAACACUUGUUCAACAUAAAACUGCAAUUUACAUUUAAAUCUCUAAAACCAUCUAGCUUAACAAAUCAUAUUGGAUUUCUUAGGUUCCCUAGCUCCCUGUGAAUUCGAUCCCUAAGUACUACAACUCAACCUCUUAUUUGAGAGAGUAUAAAUCAUUCUUUUGGGUAAUUUGAGUGGUAUCAAGCGGGAGAAUGCGAAAUCCAAACAGGUACCGGUAGUAGUCUCACCUAGGGAGGCAGAGUACGGUCCCUUCGAAAACAAAUAUUCUGGGUUCCCAAGGAACUCUGGGUCCAUAUGCAAGCGCACGAUCUGGAGAGGAAACCCACGGUCCCCAUACAAUUUCGGGUCAUAUGUAUAGCAUAUGAGGAAGAACUUCCGGGUUCCCACAUAGCCUCCGGGUUCUAAUCAAAGAUCUCAGGAUCCAAAGAAGAACCUUCGGGUUUCUUAUAUGGCCUCAGGGUUCCAAAGAUAAUUUCAAAAAAGGAGCUAGAACCUCUGUGCAGCCUAGGGCGCACCAGGGUCAUCGCAACUUCAAGAACCUCAGGGUCCAAAUACAAACACCAGGGUCCCGAUACAAUCUGCAGAUCUAAGGGAAAACCCUGUAUCACAAUCUCGAAAACCUCCGGGUUCCAACUGUGAUCUCCGGAUCUAUAAAAGAAUCUCGGGAUUCCGAUACCGCCUUCAGGCUCCAGUCAUGACCCCAUGAUCUAAGGGAGAACCUCCGGGCUCCCCCCACGACCUCCGGGUUUUCAGACGACCUCUGGAUCCUCGCGCGACCUCUGAGUCCCCGGGUAAUCACCAGAUCUUUAUGCAAUCUCCAGGUUUAGAGCCCAUCUCCCGGGAUCCUAUUAUAUAGCCUACGGAAAGGAUAAAAAGUGAACAUAUACUACAAAUCCCACCUCGAUGGAGAAACAGGCGGAAAGAGAUCCUCUUAAAAAGAAAAAAGCGAACACUACUAUCAAAAGCAUGCGAAGCAAUAGGAAGGAGUGGACAAAGAGGAACAACUAUGAAGCAUCAUUAUUCCAAAAAUAAAAGGGGGCUACAAAGGGCCAUUAUUCAAAGCAAGGAGAUUCAACAAAAGCAAGAGUUUUAGAAGGAUCCUCCGAGAAUCGCGACCCCACAAUGGAUCUUGGGGCGGCAACCUGUGAGAAACUCCCCGCCUGCUGGUCGGCUCCCCCGGACAGGAACAGAUGUCGACGAUAUUCUUUUUCAGGGUCCCAAUGUUCCACUCGCUUCUCCGGCCAUUCCUUCAUGAGCUCCCACCUGGCCGACACUUUAACUUGCUGGAUUAACAAAUCUCGGUAAGCCAUCAUGUUCUGCACCUGAUUACGGAGGAAGAACACCUUGCCAAUUAACCUUCGAUGAGCAUCCAUCAGUGGGUCGUGAUUAGAUACGACUUCAACAUCUGUUGACGAGAUGGAAGAUGAGCCAUUAACUAGUGAAGCAGCCCUUUCCAGUCUUGGUGGAGGGGUAUAAAGAGGACGCCUCUUCCGAGUUUUAGCCUUCUGGUGGUCAUCAUAGAUGGCCGAUACCGGGAGCUUAAUCAUGUUCCCUAGAAAAGGCGAUGUAGGAAAUAAGAAAACGGAAUCCUAUAAGGAGAAAACAGAGAAGGGAAGGCUUACCCCAAACGCGGCUAUGACGUAAGACUUCCUUGCUCACCAGAAAAGUAACCCAUCGAAAUCGCCGAGGAGCUCCCAUUAUAAGCUUCGCUACUGCUUCUCCAGAAAAGGAAACCAGGCGGGACACAUCUGACAGCGAAAACCAAACAUCAAUGACAACAGGCUCCCAAAGGAAUGGUAAAACUCAAAGUUCAAAGAAGAACUUAUCAACAGUACGCCAAGACGAAGGAUGACCAAACGGCUCUUGGAUCUUCAUGAAAACGUACUGGCUGUUCCAACUAUCCCGAAGGGGUAAUUGCCCCUGAUACCACUCAAAGGUUCCUCGACCAGAGGGGUGCCAUCGCAGGAUCGAUGGUGAUAAGACCCUGCUUUGUUCACCAGAGGAGCAAAAUAAUAAGAAUAUAAAAUCUCACGCACCCCGACGGAAAAUCCAUGAAGUUCCUCGAGUACUUGAAUGGCCAUUAAAGUCCUCCAGGAUAUAGGAGUAAGUUGAGACGGACUGAAACCGAGGAAAGAUGAUACUUCGCCUAUAAGAGAAGGGAUAAAACCCCCGAAGCCUACUUCGAGAUAUGCCUCAUAGAUAGCCACCUCACCCGCUCCCCUAUCUGGAGCACAUUCGAACUCAGAUGGACUCCUGAUCCCCACUGAAGGAUGAAUCACAUACUUACUCCCCAUAUUAGCAAGAUUUCUCUCUUGGAUCUCAAAAAGGGGACCGUCAUCGAAUAAACAAGAACGGCGCCUUCUCAGGGUGCCAUCAGAACCGCUUCACUAUCAGCCUCCAGAAAAUCUCCCCAAGAAGGAACAAGAGAUGAGAAAGGAUCGGUGAAAGGACGACGUGGCCUUGGACGACCACCCACGAGUAAGGAUGGAAACAUAGGGAAUUCGGGAUUCAUCUUAACUAGGAGUCAGCGAUGGAAUUGAGUUGAGGCCAAUUAGGAGAUAUUGGGAGUCCUUAUAUACAUUCGGAUCAUUCCCCUUCGCGGGAUUAGAAAAGAAAGUAGAGAUGUUUCCAAAUAUCCUAAACAGUCCCUAACAUAAAGAACAAGCAGUGAAAAGUAGAUUUGGUCCUUGCAAGAAAAAGGGAAAUCCUUCCUAAAAAGGAAAAUUUCGAGAAAGGAUACGCGCUUGUGAAAAUAAGAAGAGCACCUUGUACCAUCAACCGAACUAUUGCCAGCCUCCAGAUCUGUUCCUAAGCGUCAAGCCUUCAGGCCUCAUCUUCGGCAAUAAUCAGGGCUCCAGGCUCCGCCGUCUCCAAGACGCCAUCAAAAGCCCCGAGCUUCUCCAUCUUCGACAAGACAUCAGGAGUUCAAGAAAAAUAGCGCCAAACCCCGGUGUGCUAUCAGGGAAUCGGUCCUCGCCCGGGUUCAGAGUGUGGUUCCGGCCUUAGUGGAACCCGGGAUAGCAUGAUUACUGGAGCGAUGUCCUGCCUAAGGAAAGCCUGUUGAGAAUGAGCAACCCUAGUUGACUUGAGUGCACAGGUUAUUCCCUGAGUUUGAUGAUGAAAUCGAGCAACAAGGGGCGACUGUUGGGGAAAAAUACUCAGGUAUAGAAUUCCUCCAGACCCCAAGCAGAACACCGGCCGCCAGGUCCCCGCUAGGAGACACCCCGGGUCCCCACUACACAGUAUUCCGGAUCCGGUCCCAGGGACCGCCCCCUUCCUCCGGGAAAAGGAAAACUUCCAAUAAGAAGAGCCUUCCAUAUUUCCGAAUAUGGAAGAGUUUAACCUACUCCAACCGACUAAGGCCCGCCUUAAGAAGACUAUAUAAAGGGAACCUAAAUCCUAGAGCAAGGGAUCGACACUUCAAGACUUAGAGGCUAGAGCUAGACGGGUAGAAUUAGGGUUCUUACUCAAAUCAUUGUAAUCCUAGUUUGUCUACUCAAUCAACAUCUCUUCAAGUCUAUUUCUCUCAAACUCAUACGAAAUCAAAGCCUUAUCCAUCGUUCCGUUAGUACUCACAAAGAUCCUACACGAAAAUCCCCUAACAACAGGAGUAUGUUAUUACUAUAACUCCGACUGAAUUUACAGUGGGGACAGUGUAGUUUAAGUAUGGGGGGAAGUUUACUAAUAUUAGUUUACUUCAUGAGUCUUAUUAAAAUGAUUUAGAAAAGAAGUUUGAAUUGAGUUUAGAAGGGGACAAUAAACUUAUUGAUUUUUCUUAUUAUCUAACCACACCAUUCUAAACUUACUAGUUGCAAAUAGCACUAAAGAUACCAAAUUUGAUCAACCUGUCAAAUAUGUUACACUUGCUGAGAAUAUUUUAAGGAACCAAAGCUGACCUCCAACCUAAUUGAGCUCAACUCUGCUUGGCUUGGGGCUUGGUACACAUGGGAUCGGAUUCUUCAAACAAGUCUGGAAAGUAAAGCCUUGUGUAGAUUUAUCACCAUCUCUCUCUAUUUCAAAAUUUAGAUUAUAAAAAAAAGAAAGAAAAAAUUCUAUAGGUAAAUAUAAUUAUAGAUAACAAUUUAGGAAAAAAAUUCGAACAGGACUUGGUGGCUACAACCAUUAAGGCUUGAUUCAUAAGAAUUCUAUAGGUAAAGGAUUCGAAUAGGGCUUGGUGGCUACAACCAUUAAGACUUGAUUCAUAAGACUUCUAUAGGUAAAGGAUUAGAACAGGACUUGGUGGAUACAACCAUUAAGGCUUGAUUCGCAAAUAAUCCUAGGAUAUAGGUCAAAAAGAAUUGAACAUGAUUUGGUGGCCAAAACCAUUAAAGCUUGAUUCAUGGAAGCAUGUCCAAUCUUGGUCAAUGAUCUUGCAA